UUGGUGGAUUGACAGUUUUGCCCCUCAGCAGAAAGGCCCGGCUCGAAAAUUCUCUGCAGCAGUGGGAAUAUGGGCAUCAGCCGGCCGCGGCGGAGCACCUCCGCCUCCUCGUCCCACGCUGACACGAUCCAAUCACGACGCUAAUCAGUCAAGCCUCCCCCGUCCUAGUUAAUCGGCUGCUCCAGAUCGGAUCGUACCCGUUCUACAUCAUCACUGCCCAGCCGCAGGUCUUGUGCUCUCUCUCUCUCUCUCUCUCUCUCUCUCUCUGUUGGCGGUGUUGCUGCUGCUGCGGGCUGAGAGAUGACGGAGAUGGUGGUGGCCGCGCGGGCGCCGGCGCCGGCGGCGGGGAGGUGGGGCGCGGCGCCGCCGCAGGAGCUGCUGGAGAGGCUCAAGGACUACGGCCAGGAGGGCGCCUUCGCCUUCUGGGACGAGCUCGGCCCCGAGGAGCGCGACCACCUCAUCAGGGACAUCGAGAGCCUAGAUCUUCCUAGGAUCGAUCGGAUCAUCCGGUGCUCGCUCAGAUCACAAGGUGCUCCUGUGCCGGCCGUCGAGCCUGUGCCAGAGUCAAGUGUCUCGACGGUUGACGACAGAACUCCUGAUGACAAGGAAACGUGGUGGAGAAGGGGCUUGAGAGCCAUUUCAGAGGGGAAGUUGGCCGUUGUCCUGUUGGCUGGUGGUCAGGGCACUCGGCUCGGCAGUUCUGACCCUAAGGGGUGUUUCAGUAUCGGGCUUCCAUCUAGGAAGUCACUUUUCCAACUACAAGCUGAACGGAUUUUGUGUAUUCAGAAGCUGGCUGCUCAAUGCACUGAUGCCCCAGGUAGCACAGUGCAAAUUCACUGGUAUAUAAUGACUAGUCCCUUUACUGAUGAAGCCACACGAAAAUUCUUCGAAACCCACAGAUAUUUUGGCUUAGAGCCUAACCAAGUGACUUUUUUCCAGCAAGGUACUGUUCCAUGUGUCUCUCCUGAUGGAAGAUUUAUUAUGGAGACACCCUAUAAGGUAGCAAAGGCUCCUGAUGGCAACGGCGGAGUAUAUGCUGCUCUAAAAUCUAAACGGUUGCUGGAUGAUAUGGCUGCAAAAGGUGUGAAGUAUGUAGAUUGUUAUGGAGUUGAUAAUGUAUUGGUCCGUGUUGCAGAUCCAACAUUCCUUGGAUACUUCAUUGACAGAGGCGUAUCUGCUGCUGCUAAGGUUGUAAGGAAGGCAUAUCCACAAGAGAAAGUUGGAGUAUUUGUUCAGCGUGGAAGGGGUGGACCUCUCUCCGUGGUCGAAUACAGUGAAAUGGAUGCAGCUAUGACUACCGAAAUCAAUCAAACUACUGGGCGCCUUCGUUAUUGUUGGAGCAAUGUCUGCCUGCAUAUGUUCACUUUGGAUUUUCUGAACCAAGUAACAAACAGUCUUGAAAAAGAUAGCAUUUAUCAUCUGGCAGAGAAGAGAAUUCCGUCAGUCCACGGGUACACAUCAGGCUUAAAGCUUGAACAAUUUAUAUUCGAUGUGUUCAACUAUUCUCCGUCAACAGCUCUUUUUGAGGUUUUGCGUGAGGAGGAAUUUGCGCCAGUGAAGAAUGCUAAUGGUGCAACUUAUGACACUCCUGAUAGUGCCAGAUUAAUGCUUCUUCGGCUUCAUAGCCGAUGGGUGGUUGCUGCAGGUGGCUUCUUGACACAUUCCGUGCCCUUGUAUAUGACAGGCGUUGAAGUUUCUCCACUUUGUUCUUAUGCUGGAGAGAAUCUAGAAGCCAUAUGCCGAGGAAGGACAUUCCAUGCACCAAGUGAGAUUUCAUUCUAGGCAUAGUAGUUGUUGGAAGCAACAAUCAGAAUACAGGAAGAUGAGAUCUGCCCAAUUUUGAUUUCAACAUGACAACUAUUGCAAAUAGGAUGUUUAUAUUAGUCAACUCUUGACUAUUGUAUGUUAUGCAAGCACCAAUUAUUGUAAUGCAGCGCUUGAAGUUGCCUCCUUUCUCCCCUAGCAUUAAUGUGUAUUGCAUUCUCAUGUGCUGCUCAAAUGUAGAUUAUGAGAUGCUUUUGUGUAAUAUUGUCGAAAGCAGCAUAUUUGUCAAAUACAUAUUAUCUCUGCACAAUUCUAA